GGUCAUUUUUAUUAUAAUUAGUUGGGUCACAAAAGUAGCUAUCAUCAUCACCAGUCGCCUCACAGUUCUUUCAGUUGAUUCCACAGGCGCACUGUUUGAACUAAGAACGUAAAUAGUUGGUGGCUGUUUUAUCGGAGAAGAGUAAUACCUGUGCGAAAAAUAUGGCCAGCAGUUCAGAACCAGCUGAUGAAACCACACCGGAGGAGCGAGCGAAACAGGUGACAGCCUGGCUUCGCAGAAUACUCGAAAGAAGCGUCAGAGAGGACCUGGACGAUAAUGCGUUCGUCACCUUGUACAAGCUAAUGAAACUCCAAGAGGCUGCAGAAGAGGACGCAUGGAGACGAAUCAAAGUUCUGAAAGAACGGACCAAGUUCUUCAACGAAAAAUCUGAAAAUCUCGAGGCUGGUCUUCGAGCUGGAAAAAUUGCGCCAGACCAACUACCUGAAGAAGCACGCGAGAUUGUUAAGACUCACGCCACUGUAGCAGUUCUUCUAGGAGUCGAAGACUCGCAACCUGAAAGCUUUGAAGAAAAGUUUGAAGGGCUUUUCCAGCAAUCUGAAGAACUGGAGGCCAGGCAGUCGAAGCUGCAAGCCAGCGUUGAAAAUCUGAAACAGCUUGAGAAGAGGAUGGAGCAGCAUUUGACGGAUGCGGCUAUCACGUACAAGCAUAUGACAGCAGCUGAUGAAGAAUACAGGUUCAGGAGGUGGCAAAGAGCUGUGAGGAAGUUAAAGUUUAAACAAAGGAAGGCAAUGGAACAGAAGAGCAGGAGACAGAAAUUGGCAGAGUUAACUCAAACUCUUUCACUUUCCAAGAAACUCCGCAGCCUUCAGCUACGGGUAAAGAAUGUUGACAGGAAGCUGCCUGUCACUGACCUGCCGCCGGACAAAGAUGCCAUAAGGAAGAUUAUUGAGCGAAAGAAAGUGGAGGUUGAAAUGAGUGAGACGGUCUUGACGAACAACUUAAUCAGACAAAGGGGGGCACACUUGGACAAGAAUGAGGAUUAAGAUGGGGUGGCAUGAGUACUUACAUGUGAUGCAUGAAAAAUGAGAUUAUAAUAAAAUAAAAAGGUUUGAGACUUUCAUGAAGCUGUACUAAUAGUUUCUCAAACGUAGUAAAACUAUUCUUAAAAGAACAGUACGACCGCAAUGUCAUGAAGAAGCGU